GAACAGCUGCGUUCUGAAAUCAGCUGAGAACAAUGGCAGCCAUCCUAGACACAGAGUAAAUUUGGAGAAGAGAAACUUCUAUUGGAAUCUUUCAAGAUAGAUCCCCCAAAUCGUGUCGAUCGUGGUCAAUCUACUUUCGACUCGACAGUCGAAAUGAAGAUGGCCGCCGAGGUGAGGUGGCUUUUAAUUUUUCAUGUGUUUUUGGUGAUUGCUUCGGUCUUUGGUGAAAUACCUCAUCGGAAAUUUGAAUAUAAGUAUUCCUUCAAGCCACCGUAUCUCGCACAAAAAGAUGGCAGCGUGCCUUUUUGGGAAUACGGAGGAAAUGCAAUUGCAAGUGCAGAAAAUGUUAGAGUAGCACCAUCAUUGAGAAGUCAAAAAGGUGCAAUAUGGAUCAAACAACCAGUUACCUUUGAUUGGUGGGAGAUAGAGUUGAUAUUUAGAGUAACAGGAAGGGGAAGGAUUGGUGCGGAUGGUUUAGCAUUUUGGUAUACUAGUUCAAAGGGUACUUAUAAUGGCACUGUUUUUGGUAGUGCUGAUCAAUGGAAUGGUCUUGGUAUCUUCUUUGAUUCAUUUGAUAAUGACAAUAAACAUAAUAACCCUUACAUCAUGGCUGUUCUCAAUGAUGGCACAAAAACUUUCGAUCAUACUAGUGAUGGUACAACGCAAUUGUCGGCUGGUUGUUUGAGAGAUUUCCGUAACAAACCAUUUGCUACUAGAGCAAAAAUUGAAUACUAUCAAAACAUUUUAACAGUACUGUUUCACAAUGGUAUGACGAAUAACGAGCAAGACUAUGAGGUGUGUUUCCGUGUUGAAAAUGUUGUUCUACCUAAAGGUGGAUACUUUGGGGUUUCUGCUGCUACUGGUGGUUUGGCGGAUGACCAUGAUGUUUCUCAUUUCUUAACACAUUCUCUUUAUCCUCCUGGCCAAUUGAGACAUGAUGGGCAAAAGGUUUCUUUAGAAGAACAACAGAAACUUAGUCAGGAAUAUAUGGAUUAUCAGAAAAAAUUAGAACAACAGAAAGAGGAGUAUCGCCGAGAUCAUCCAGAAAUGCGCCGUGAGAGAGAGGAAUUUGAGGAAUAUUUUGAAACUGACAAUCAAAGAGAAUUAAUACAAAUCUUUGCUGGUCAGAACCAUAUGUCUGAGACGUUACGUGAACUCAGUAAAAAAUUGGAUGAAAUACUUGGAAGACAAGAAAGAUCUUUGAGUUUAAUAUCUCAACUACAGUUAGGAGGUAUACAAGGCACUGGUGGCCAACCAGGACAACCAAUUCAGUUAAUUGAUACAAUUCGUCGACAAGAAGUUGAUACUAUAAUAGGGAAUCAAAAUGUUAUACUCAAUACAGCUCAGGAAAUCAAAUCUUUCAUGGGUGAAGUAUAUUCCAAGACUGAUACCAUCCUUAAUAAUCAAGCUCGUGCACCAACUGCACAAGUACAACAAAUGGGAUAUAAUUAUGAUUCUAUCAUCUCUGAAAUACGAGAUGGACUUAACACAUUAAAGAAGGAAAUUGGGCAAGUUAACUCUAAAGGUUGUUCAGACUGUCCUACAACAAAUUGUUUAACAACAACAAUGUUCUUAUUAUUUGUGGCAAUUCAAAUGGUGAUUUUAUUAGCAUACAGCAUGUACCGGGACAAUAAGGAAGCACAGGCGAAGAAGUUGUAUUAAUGUUUGUUUUUGAUCAUACACUAAAAAAAUAUUGAUGAGAACUUCUACGUUUGCGUACUGACUCAAUGUUUGUAUCCGUGGAAUAUGCAUUUUGUUGAACAUUUGUAUAAUAAAUGCAUCCUUCAUCCGAGUUAGACCUAACAGAACAGCAGAGAGCAAUAAUUACUCUCUACACGCGGUAAACGUAAUCACUUCACUCUGCUUGGUAUAAUUUAGUCGACUCAUUAUAUUUUUUUUCACUGCAAGACAUUUUUUUGUCAGUACGAGUUACGAACUAACAGAGACAAAGAUGACAAAUUAUGAACUAGAGAUUAAAAAACAAAUCGGAAAAUAUUAUGAAUAUUGGAAUAAGGUAUCCUUUGUCAUGAGUUACUUAGGGGGAUUGUUGUGUAUAAUAUAUAUUUUUUUAUCGUCUUUCAUCAAGAAUAACUCGCGCUACGCGCACAUGCAUUUUUUGCGAAUUUCAUUUAUGAUACCUAUCACUUUUUUUUAUGUAGAAAUUUUUUUGUAGC